AUGAGUGGUACUUUUAAUGGCGUAAAAGCACACAUUCUUGAAAAGUAUCCACUGGCGUUCUAUAUACACUGUACUUCGCAUAGCUUAAAUCUUGCAGUCUCUAAUGCUUGUUCAGUGAAAAGUGUACGAAAUACUAUGGGAAGUAUUCAAGAGAUAUGUGUCUUUUUUAGAACUCCCAAACGUCAACAUGUGCUGGAAAAAACUAUUGAUAAAGUUUUACCGUCAACUAAUAAGAAACGUUUGAAAAUGAUGUGCCCUACUAGAUGGGUUGAACGCCAUGAUGCCAUUCUAGUAUUUAUUGAGUUAUAUAAAGCUAUUUUGGUGGCAUUAGAUGAAAUAAGUGAAUGGGAAGAUAUUCAUACAUCAUCAAAAGCAAAACGACUUAUGAUAAUUAUUGAACAACCAGAAUUUAUUAUAACAACACACAUCAUUGGAAAAGUUUUCUCUGUAAGUAUGCCUCUCAGUCGCCAACUUCAGACAGAAAAUAUUGAUUUGUUAACAGCUUUAAAAGUAGCAGGAGAUGUUCAAAAAAUAUUACAAAGAUUUAGAGGAAAUGUAGUCAAUGAUUUUCAUAUUGAAUUUUUAAAAAUUGAACAAUGGUGCCAAGAUUUGAAUAUUGAUACAGAUUUUAAAAAAUUAACAAGAACACAAAAAAAACUCUUAGAUGAAUUAGUUACUUCAACAAAUAAAACAGCUGAAGAUUUUUAUAGAUUGAAAAUAUAUGUACCAUUCUUGGAUAAUUUUUUAUCACAGUUACAUGAUCGUUUUAUAAAACAUCAUAAAUUAUUGCAAAGUUUUAGUUGUAUUCUACCUGGCUAUAAAACUCAUUCAGGAACUGAUCAAGAUAUUAAAUACCUCAUUGAUACAUAUCAAGAGGAUUUGAAUAACAGUAGCUUAGUUAUAACUGGAGAAUUAUAUUUAUGGCAAGAAAAGUGUAAUGAGAUUCAUGUUUCAAAAAGCGCUCUUGAUGUUUUUAGUGAAUGUGACCAUAUGAUAUUUCCACACAUACACAAAUUAUUAAAAAAUUUAAUAACCCUACCAGUCACUACCGCAACUGGUGAACGAUCAUUUUCCACAUUAAAGCGUUUAAAGACUUAUAUAAGGAAUUCUAUUGGACAACCAAGAUUAAACGACUUAGCUCUGAUGAACAUUCAUCGAGACAUUAAAAUAAAUACUGAUGAAGUCAUUGAUGAGAUGAGUACAAAAUCUAGGAGGUUAAAUUUUCGUUUGGAAUAA